AUGACUGAUGGUCAGAAUACUACUACUACGGCUUCGAAUGUUCCAUCAAUAAAACUCUAUUGGUUAAAUGAAAGUCGUGCUGAUAGAAUAUUAUUUUUACUUGAAGAAUUAGAAUUACCAUAUGACAUUGAAAAAGUUGAACGUGGUCCUGAUAAACUUGCACCACCUGAUUUAAAAAAGAUUCAUCCAUUAGGAAAAAGUCCUGUAAUCAAAGAUGGUGAUAAAGUUGUUGCUGAAUCUGGUUUUAUUAUUGAUUAUCUUAUUGAUAAAUAUGGUAAAGAUAAAAAUUUAAAACCAAUAAAUAGUGACGAUUUAUUUCAUUAUAAUUAUUUUUUACAUUACAUCGAAGGUAGUUUAAUGCCUAUCCUAGUUAUGAAAUAUAUCUUUCUUAAUGUACAAAAACAAGCACCAUGGAUAGUUAAACCUGUUGUAAAUGGUAUUUGCAACAAAGUUGAUACAUUGUAUUUAAGACCAAAUAUGAAAACUCAUUUGGAUUUUCUUGAAGGUGAAUUAGGACAAAGAAAAUGGUUAGCAGGUGAACAAUUUUCUGGUGCUGAUAUUCAAGCAGGUUUUGCAUUGGAAAUGCUUAUGAAACUAUUAAGUCCUCACGAAGACAGUUCAACAAAUAUAUCUCGAUAUUUAAAAGCAAUGCAUGAACGACCAGCUUACAAACGAGCAAUGGAAAAAGUUGGAAAAAACGACAAGUAG